GUGAAGAUGCAGUCGUGCUACGAGAAGAUGGAGCAGCUGAAGCUGGAGGGCCUCCAGCAGCGCUUCGACGUCUCCAGCACGUCUGUCUUCAAGCAGAGGGCCCAGAUCCACAUGCGACAGCAAAUGGAUGAUGCCUUGUACACCUUUGAGACGCUGCUCCACCAGGAGCUGGGGAAGCUUCAGGGCAAGGAUGAGCUCUGCAAGUCCAUCCAGCGCAUCCUCGAGAGGGUGCUCAAGGUAAGGGCUGGGGCUGCUCCUAUGCCCUGUGAGGAGGACAGCAAGGACCCUCAUAGCGUAUGCCAAAAGUUUUUUGGCAAGUGCUUCUUGCUUUUUGAGACUUUCAUGUCUCUUGCUGAGAUCUGGGGCAAGUGAGUGAGGGAGGAGGUGGAGGAC